UACCAUUUCAUCCGCGUUUUCUUACUUAGCCUAUUAAAACAAGACAGUAUCAAACAAAACGCAUGGUAUUGGGUUUAUGACGUUUGUAGUGGUUUGGACAUUUCACAUUUGAUCAUUUCAUGUCUGCCUCAUAAAUAGAAUCUCAAACAUCGACAAUUUAUGGCAACCUAAUAUUUGUGCAGAUAUUUGUGCAAUAUCUAUUCAGGGCUCUAAGGGCCGCUGUUGGUUAGUGUCAGUAUAUAUACACGUCUCAGAUAGUAGACCCUCCCUCUCUUCUUUGCGUCACAAGCUGCGCAGAGGACUCGACGUCUGUAUAAUCAGAACUAGUCUCCUAAAAGAGCCCACACAAUCGUUGGGACGUGUUGGUGACGCACUAUUCAUUAUUGUGGAGCCAUUCGUUUUUGUAUUGUUUUUUUUUUCUCUCAGGCUGAGUAGUCUGAAGAUGGACGAUCUUUGUUGUCAUGGCGCAGGGCGGACCAGCUCGCGGAUAUGGACAUGGAAUACAUGGGUCAUGCUGUUUGUCUGUCUCUGUGGUGCAAGGGUAGCGCGCGCCCAGGUCCGUUAUUCCAUCCCGGAGGAGAUGGCGAAGGGCUCACUCGUGGGGAAUAUCGUACAGGAUCUGGGUUUGGAUGUAAAAAAGUUGAAUUCUGGUCGAGCGCGGAUCUUUACUGAGGACAGCAGUGAGUGCAUCGGUCUGAAUGUUGAUAAGGGAACGCUUGUGGUGAAAGAAAGGAUAGACAGAGAGGAGCUGUGUGGCCAAGUAUCUCCCUGCUCUCUGCAUUUUCAGAUCAUCGUUGAAAAUCCGAUGGAGCUCUAUCGAAUUGAUGUGGAAAUAUUAGAUAUUAACGACAAUGCCCCUGCUUUUGCUAAAAAGGAAAUGAAUUUCCAAAUAAGUGAAUCUGCGGCUCCUGGGACUCGCUUUUCACUCGACGGUGCAAAAGAUCCCGAUGUGGCUCUAAAUACUCUCCAAACAUACCAACUAAAUCCUACGGAUCAUUUUCAAUUGAAACCCCUAUCUCGCUCUGAUGGAACGAAAUACGUGGAAAUGGUUCUGCAGAGCGCACUUGAUAGAGAAAAACAGGAAGAGCAUAAACUCAUAUUAACUGCUUAUGAUGGCGGGACCCCCCAGAAAUCUGGCUCUGUCAAAAUCAAUGUUAUUGUCUUAGAUGCAAACGACAAUGCCCCUGUAUUUGGCCAGUCACUGUAUAGGGUGGUCGUGGCAGAAAAUGCGUCGAAGGGAACGAUUGUCUUGACAGUGAGCGCCACUGAUGCAGACCAGGAAACAAAUGGAGAGGUGAUGUAUUCCUUUUCUCAAAAUACAGAGGGUGCUUCAGUUCUAUUCAAUAUAGUCGCCCAUACUGGUGAGAUUACCAUAAGUGGUCUGUUAGAUUUCGAACAAUGUAGGCAUUAUGAACUGGAUGUAGAGGCGACAGACAACGGGGGGUUAACAGAUACUAGUAAAGUGCUUAUUGAAAUUACUGACGUGAACGACAAUGCACCCGUGAUUAGCAUAAUUUCCUUCUCCAACCCUAUUCCCGAGGACUCUGCCCCGGAGACGGUCAUAGCCAUGCUCAAUAUCAAAGAUUCAGACUCAGGUAAAAACGGUCAGGUGAAGUGUUCUAUGAGUCCAGAUUUACCUUUCCGCAUAAAGUCAUCCUCUUCCAAUUUCUACAGUUUAGUGUCAGACCAGGCUUUGGACCGUGAAACUGUGUCUGAAUAUGACAUAACAAUAACAGCCACAGAUGAAGGGUCGCCAUCUUUUUCCACGAAUAAGACAGUAACACUGAAACUAUCCGAUGUGAAUGACAACGCCCCCCUGUUUACACGACAAUCAUACGCCGCUUGCGUUAUUGAGAAUAAUUUACCUGGAAUGUCAAUAUUUUCAGUCAAGGCCAGCGACAAAGACUUUGGCAACAACGCGCGUAUUUCAUAUUUGCUUGGCGAUAAUCAAGUGAAUGGAGUGUCAGCGUCUGCGUUGAUUUCAGUAAAUGCAGAGAGUGGGGAGAUUUUUGCUGUGCGUUCUUUCGACUAUGAGCAAAUAAAACAGUUCCAGAUUCGCGUAAAAGCGCAAGAUGGAGGCUCGCCUCCUCUCAGUAGCAAUGUGACUGUGAAAAUAAUUAUUCAGGACCAGAACGACAACGCGCCGCAGGUUCUGUAUCCAGUGCAGACUAGUAACUCUCUGGUGUCUGAAAUGGUGCCUCGUUCAGCAGAUGUGGGAUAUCUUGUCACUAAAGUGGUGGCUGUUGAUGUGGACUCUGGACAGAAUGCCUGGCUCUCGUAUAAACUGCAGAAAGCGACAGACAGGGCGCUGUUUGAAGUGGGUUUACAGAAUGGAGAAAUAAGAACUGUACGCCAAGUCACUGAUAAAGAUGCUGUGAAACAAAGGAUCACUGUUGUAGUGGAGGACAACGGGCAGCCCUCUCGUUCAGCUACAGUCAAUGUUAACGUGGCGGUGGCGGACAGCUUCCCUGAAGUGCUCUCGGAGUUCACUGACUUUACGCACGACAAGGAGUACAAUGACAACCUGACUUUUUACUUAGUCUUGGCUUUAGCUGUUGUCUCCUUUCUCUUUAUCGUAUCCAUCAUAGCCAUACUGUCAGUGAAAUGCUACAGAUGGAGACGGGAGCAAAUGUUUUAUAAAUCAAAUGGGAAUCUCCCAGUUAUUCCAUACUACCCGCCCCUUUACGCAGACGUGGGAGGCACAGGAACUCUGAGACAGGUGUAUAAUUACGAUGUGUCUGGAACGACUGACUCCAGAAAGAGUGAUAUGAAAUACGUCAGACCUGACAGUCAGAGCAUCAUUAGUCUGGACGGAACACAGACACUCCCCCACGCGCAGAGAGACAAACUGAUCAUUGAUGAUUCAGACAAUCAGCAAAAGCCUCCUAACGCCGACUGGCGCUUCACCCAAGGCCAGAGACCUGGACCCAGUGGGGCUGGAGGCCCCCCUGAAAUGGCCAUGGGAACCGGACCCUGGCCCAACCCCCCCACCGAGGCCGAGCAGCUCCAAGCCCUGAUGGCCGCCGCCAACGAAGUGAGCGAAGCGACCGCCACCCUGGGACCAGGCACCAUGGGUCUAAGCACCCGUUACAGUCCCCAGUUCACCCUGCAGCACGUGCCCGACUACCGUCAGAACGUCUACAUCCCUGGCAGCACGGCCACCCUGACCUCCAACCCCCAGCAGCAGCAGCAGCAACAGCAGAUGCUGAUGCAGCAGCAGAUGGCAGCCCAACAACAGGCCCUGCAGGCCCAGCCCUCCGAGGCCUCGGCUCAGCCUGAACCCCCCAAGGCUGCCCAGACCCCCGCCUCCAAGAAGAAGUCCACCAAGAAGGAGAAGAAGUAGGAUGAAUGGAUAGAUAUGGAGUAUACGAUGAGAAGAGAACAACCCGAUGAGAAUGACAUUUAACCACAGGAGGCUGCUGAGGGGAGGAAUGCUCGUAAAGGCCGGAACAGAGCGAAUGGAAUGGCAUCAAAGACAUGGAAACCAUGUGUUUGAUACCAUUCCUCUCCAGCCAUUACCACAAGCCUGUCCUCCCCAAUUAAAGUGCCACCAACCUCCUGUGAAUUCAACCCUCGCUCACCCCCACUUUUCCACACAAUGCGUUUACUCUAAGCAUGUUUGGAAUUGUAUUGGUCACGCUCAUAUGAUAACACAAAAUAUGGAGAUGGUUUGGGAAUGUUUGAUUUUGGGCUCUUGAAUCUGGAAAGGGUUGAAGGUUUGCAAACCGCGUGGACAUUUUAUUUUUGUUUUCUUUCUGAAGGCUAGAUAGAAACGGUUGUUUUUGUUUUCUUUCUGAAGGCUAGAUAGAAACGGUUGUUUUUGUUUUCUUUCUGAAGGCUAGAUAGAAACGGUUGUUUUUGUUUUCUUUCUGAAGGCUAGAUAGAAACGGUUGUUAUUAUUUUCUUUCUGGAGGCUAGAUAGAAAUGGUUGUUUUUGUUUUCUUUCUGAAGGCUAGAUAGAAAUGGUUGUUUUUGUUUUCUUUCUGAAGGCUAGAUAGAAAUGGUUGUUUUUGUUUUCUUUCUGAAGGCUAGAUAGAAAUGGUUGUUUUUGUU